AUGUCCCUUCGCAACAUCUUCCCAGACGCGUACGCAGAAGACACUCCACUCCUCAAAGCUCCUGAGGAGGAAGACUGGAAGCCUCCUAAAUUCUUCUUCUGGAUCGAACUGGCCAUCUUCGCCAACGUCUACCUCUAUGGAUUCGAUAACACGAUCACAGCAGCCACGUACGCCGUCAUCAGCUCCGAGUUCGAUGCCGCAAACGCUGCUUCCUGGCUGACUACCUCCUACCUUGUUACAAGCACGGCAUUCCAACCGCUCUAUGGCCGCUUUUCAGACAUCUUCGGUAGACGGAUAUGCUUCUUUGUCUCGACCAGUACCUUUGCUGUCGGAUGUUUAGGCUGUGGUCUAGCUCAGGAUGUCGUGACCGUCAACAUUAUGCGAGCGGUGACGGGGUUUGGUGGAGGAGGGUUAAUGACUAUGGCUACGAUCAUUAACUCUGAUAUGAUUCCAUUCCGACGACGAGGCAUGUAUCAGGCCUUGCAGAACUCAGUCUGGGGCUUUGGCGCAAUCUCAGGUGCAUCGUUCGGUGGACUGAUCGCAGACACGAUAGGAUGGCGAUGGUGCUUUACCCUACAGGUUCCAAUCUCGGCACUGGGCCUGAUAGUUGGCUACUUCUUCGUUUCGGAUCAGCCACGACGUGAAGGUUCCGACGGCCUGCUCAAAGGCAUUUGA